AUGGAAGCCACUGUGGUGAGUGUCGCGAAGUCCGUGCUGAAUGGAGCACUCGGAAGGGCCAGAUCUGCCGCUGCGGAUGAGGUUUCUCUGCGGGUUGGCGUCCAGCGCGAUCUGGCUUUCAUCAACGAUGAGUUUGAGAUGAUGCAGACCUUCCUGAUGGCUGCCGACGAAGACCGGGCCCAGAAGAAGUUGGUUAAAACCUGGGUGAAGCAGGUCCGCGAUCUAGGCUACGAUGCUGAGGAUUGCCUCCAAGAUUUCGGUGUUCAUCUGCAGAAAACUUCUCGGUGGUGCUUCCUCCGCACGCUGCUAGCACGGCGCCGCAUUUCCAAGGAUAUCAAGGUGCUCAAGUCCAGGGUGGAGGAUGUGAGCCAGAGAAACUUGCGGUACCGCCUCAUUGAGGAUUCUACCUCCAAGCCUGCCACCGACACCGAGCGAUCUACUAACAUCAGCAGGGAAGCAAUAUUUUGCAGUGAUGGUCCAAGGAUCACCGUAGUAAAGACGGACGAGCCAAAAGUGGAUCUUCGCCGACUGAUCACCAGCACAGAUGACCAAGCUCUUAGGGUGAUCUCGGUCUGGGGCGAAUCAGGCGAUGAUCUGAAGAAACUGUCUGUCAUCAGGGAAGUCUAUGACAAUCAAGAGAUCCGCACAAAGUUUGGAUGCCGUGCCUGGUUUAAGUUGAUGGAUCCCUUCAAUCCAAACGAUUUCCUCCAGUGCUUGCUCAGGCAGUUUUACUGGGCGUCUCUUCAAGAAAAUGGGAAGACCCAACAAGGGGCAGCUACAGGGGUUGGUGUUCUGAAGAAGAUGGAGAUGGUUGCAGCAGAUGGCCAUCUGAUUGACGAGUUUGAUCGAUAUGUGAAUGAGAAUAGGUACCUGAUUGUUAUUGAUGGCCUGUCUACCAUAGUGGAAUGGGAUUGGAUAAAGACAUGCUUCCCUGACAAGAAGAACGGAAGCCGAAUUAUAGUAUCCAUGGAGCAAGUAGAAAUUGCAAGGCUAUGUACAGGGCACUCGGCCCAAGUAGCCAAGCUGGAGUUAUUGUGA